AUGUCCGCGGACGACCGGCACCUGGGCUCCAGCUGCGGCUCCUUCAUCAAGACGGAGCCGUCCAGCCCCUCCUCGGGCAUCGACGCCCUCAGCCACCACAGCCCCAGCGGCUCGUCCGACGCCAGCGGUGGCUUCGGCCUGGCCCUGGGCGCCCACGCCAACGGUCUGGACUCGCCGCCCAUGUUCGCGGGCGCCGCGCUGGGGGGCACCCCGUGCCGCAAGAGCUACGAGGACUGUGCGGGCGGCCUCAUGGAGGACUCGGCCAUCAAGUGCGAGUACAUGCUCAACGCCAUCCCCAAGCGCCUGUGCCUCGUGUGUGGCGACGUUGCCUCUGGCUACCACUACGGCGUGGCCUCCUGCGAGGCCUGCAAGGCCUUCUUCAAGAGGACCAUCCAAGGUGUGCGCCUUGACCGAGUGCGUGGAGGCCGCCAGAAAUACAAACGACGGCUGGACUCUGAGAGCAGCCCGUACCUGAGCUUACAGAUUUCUCCACCCGCUAAGAAGCCAUUGACCAAGAUUGUCUCCUACCUGCUGGUGGCUGAGCCGGACAAGCUGUAUGCCAUGCCUCCCCCUGGCAUGCCCGAGGGUGACAUCAAGGCCCUGACCACUCUCUGUGACCUGGCAGACAGGGAGCUCGUGGUCAUCAUCGGCUGGGCCAAGCACAUCCCAGGCUUCUCGAACCUCUCUCUCGGGGACCAGAUGAGCCUGCUGCAGAGUGCCUGGAUGGAGAUCCUCAUCCUGGGCAUCGUGUACCGCUCACUGCCCUAUGAUGACAAGUUGGUGUAUGCCGAGGACUACAUCAUGGACGAGGAGCACUCCCGCCUCGCGGGGCUGUUGGAGCUCUACAGGGCCAUCCUGCAGCUGGUGCGCAGGUACAAGAAGCUCAAGGUGGAGAAGGAGGAGUUUGUGACGCUCAAGGCCCUGGCUCUGGCCAACUCAGAUUCCAUGUACAUCGAGGAUCUGGAGGCGGUGCAGAAGCUGCAGGACCUGCUGCACGAGGCGCUGCAGGACUACGAGCUGAGCCAGCGCCACGAGGAGCCCCGGCGGACGGGCAAGCUGCUGCUGACGCUGCCCCUGCUGCGACAGACGGCCGCGAAGGCCGUGCAGCACUUCUACAGCGUCAAACUGCAGGGCAAGGUGCCCAUGCACAAACUCUUCCUGGAGAUGCUGGAGGCCAAGGUCUGAUGGCCCGGCACCCGGACCGACUCCCGCCCGCGGACACACCGGCCGACUGACCGCCGCGGACACGUCUGCGGCCACCAGCCUCGCCCUUCAAGCCCUGUAUCAUGGCCACGAGCAGCCCCAGAGGAAGGGCGCGCUCGCCUCCGGGCUGUGGCCGAGUUCCGAGUGCAGCGGGGCAGGGGAACAGGGAGGGGAGGGCAGGGCGUGGGCUCAUCUGUAACCGGCUUUUUCUUUGGUAUGUUUUUUCCUUCUCCGUGGGCAGUGCUGAGGUCUGGGCCAGGGCU